AUGCCCCCCCUCACAUGUGCUGUGCGAGGAGGUGUAAUGCAAGUAAAUAAGAGAGGACACCCGCAGGCUAUUUUACAGCACUCUGUGAUUACAUUUGGAUCUCCCCAUGGACGGGCCAACAGUAUUCCCUUCAACGCCCUCAUUGAGGGUUCGCGUACGGGUGAAGAACGGGUAGUGAACAUGGAUGAUAAUAAACGACAGAGAAACCGUGAUGCGGAGGCUAUUACCCCUGCAACUGGAACAACAACUAAUAGUUCAGCAACCACAAGUAGUGCAGAUAGUGCAGAUCGAAAGAAAUUAUUACAAGUAAACGCAGAACUGGAGCGAACACUGGAGAAACUGCGGCAAAAAACACGGGAGGAGAUGAAGGUGCGACGCAAAUUAUCUGUAGCACGAUUAAAGUUGGAAGAGGAAGUUGACCGUCGAGUUCUUUUAGGCGAUGGUCUACUCGACUUAAUACGAAUGGAACGUACAUUUGUGCAAGAACAGAAUUCACAUUUUAUGAAGUUACUCCAAAAAGUAAUUUUAGAACGUGAUAAUGCUUUUCAAACAAUAAAGCAACAAAAGAUUCAGAAAGAAUCGCAGGAUGCGAUGCAAAUUGAAAUUAAUAAUCUACGUGAAGAAAAUAAAGCGCUUAGGCAGCAAUUUGAAACCCUUAGUGCGUCAAAGACAACGUUAGAAGAAUCAGAAAAGAAACUGCGUGAAGAAAAUAAGAGGAAUGAGAGUCAAUUUUUAAACAAGAUACGUACAUUGGAAUCUGAGUUAAUGCAUACUCAAGCAGAACUACAAAAAGUUAAAAAAGAUCUCUCAGAUGCACAAAAAACCACAGAAGCUUCUGAAGCUUUAAUACAACAAGUUCGACUUUUUGUGCAGAUGGUGUGUCAACCAAACUUUUAUGUCGUCAAGGAUAGAUCUCUUCAACCUGUAGAUAAGAACAGACCGGACCCAACGGGAUUUGUGUUAGUGCCGUUAACAGUUCUUCUACAGGGGUACACACUUCUCUCACCAAGUGAUCGGCAAAAUCUAAUAGAGUGCUAUCAGGCGCAACUAUGA